UCAAUUUCAUGUGCAUUGACAAAUUGUAUCGGAAUUCUGACUAAAAAAAUAACAAUAUCAUUGGAUUAACUAGUGCUUAUUUGAUAUUACGAGGGAGAUUCAUUUACUGACUAUUACAGGAGAAAAUCCUUUUAGUAAAGUGGACUUACACUGUAAUAGGAUAAAUUAGGUUUACUGUUUUCCUUCUGUUGAAAGGAAACAAAUGUGCCAAGGGCUGUGUGUAUAGACGAACUUCUACGUGAAUAAUAGAAUUACAUUUGUUUGUUUUGAUGAGAAAAUAAUAUUUAUAUUCGGUAUUGUACAAAUCCAUCUUUGACAAAUAGUGUAAAACCGACCCGCGUCAGAUGAUAACAAGGAUCGGUGGUGGUCAGAUGACAAAUAAGGACGUAAUAUUUCAUCUCAGCAAGCCUUGAGAUACUUGAAGAAGCCUUAGCAUGGCUGCUGCAGCUGCUGAGUUCCGUCGGAUUUACAGUAAUGUCAUCGUAGUGUUAAUGUUAUGUUUGUAUUGUCGGGGACAGGAAGUGUUGCAGUAUUCCAUCUAUGAGCAGCUGCCUUCGGGAUCUUUCGUCGGGGAUGUGCGGGAGGACUCUCAUCUGCGGUCAACGGCGUCUGCGGAAGAGUUUUCUCAAAUUGACUACAGUCUUCUAUCUCAGGGUAAAGUCUACGAGCAGUAUUUCCAUGUGGACGGACUUAAUGGAUCUCUCUUUACCAACACUGUCAUUGACAGAGAGACCAUUACGGAGUGUGUUUAUGAGACCGAAUGUGUUCUACCUAUCAGCAUUGUCGCCAAGUCAAAAAUCAGUGCCUUCUUUCGGACUUUAAAAGUAACAGUGUCAAUCGUGGACAUAAAUGAUCACUCACCAAAGUUUCCUGUGGAAUUCAAAUCCCUCACCGUAUCGGAGGUGGCCACAGUCGGUUCGUCCAUGGCCCUCGACGGUGCCACCGAUGCCGACAGCGGAAACAACACACUGCAGCGAUACUUCAUCUUAAACGAGGACGCCCUUGAUCUACCAUUCACAACAACCUAUGAAACCUAUUUCGACGGCAGAUCUGUUGUCAAACUGCAGAUCAAGGGUGACCUUGAUCGCGAGUCACGUGAUAGCUACAGCCUCGUCAUCGUGGCAGAGGACGGUGGCUCCCCGCACCUAACCGGAAGUAUGACGGUAACCAUCACCAUCGAUGACGUCAACGACAACCCACCAGUGUUCGGCGAGUCCGAGUACAAAGCCACCAUCAACGAGACGCUUGACGUUGGAGAAGAGAUCAUCCGCCUUCUGGCCACAGACGCAGACAUUGGCGUUAACAGCCUGAUCGAGUACAGACUCAGCAAGAACCAGAUCGGCAAAAUCCACGAACAGUUCAACCUAGACAUCACAUCCGGUUCGCUGACACUGAAGGAAAGAUUUGCAAGCGGCGGCGAGUACCGGAUCAUCGUGGAGGCAAGCGACCGCGGCUCCCAGCCGCUUAUGUCUCAGGCGGUCAUUAUCAUAACCGUCCUCGACUCAGACAACAACCGACCUCAGAUCAAGAUCAACCUUUUCACUGACUCCGACAUGGGAACUGUGUCUGAGUUUGCAGACGUGGGGACGGUCGUGGCUCACGUUGGCAUAACCGACGAAGACACGGGGGCGAAUGGCAUCAUUUCCUGUGAAAUGAACAGCGACAACCAAGUGUUCAAUCUGCAGAGUUACGAUGACAAUGAGUACAAGGUCACGGUCGCAAAGCAGAUUGACAGAGAGACAAUGGACUAUAUUUAUGUUAUCAUCAACUGUCAUGACAAAGGCACCCCGCCGCAGAACACAUUUGUGGAGUUCACUGUUCAAGUUCUCGACGAGAAUGACCACUCACCAGUGUUCCUUCAGGAAAUAUAUUUUGUUGACAUUAUGGAAAAUAAUAUAAAAGAUACAGACAUAGUGCAAGUUUCAGCCAAGGAUAUUGACCUUAAUCAAAAUGGGGAAGUGACGUAUUCACUUUGGGCGUCAGGGGAAUACCGGUUUACCAUGGAUCCCCAGUCCGGAGUCAUCAAGACUCAGUCAGUGUUUGACCGCGAAAAGAACGCUUCUAUUAUGUUUUACACCUACGCGAUUGACCAAGGCAAGCCAGCACGCACGUCCACUGCCACCGUGCAGAUCAACGUUCUUGACCAGAAUGACAAUGACCCUGUGUUUGGGAAACCAAUGUAUGAGUUGUAUGUAUCCGAGAACGCGUUCACUGGGCUUAAGGUAGGAAAUGUCACCGUCAGUGACGCCGAUGCCGGAAAUAACGGUCGCGUCGGUCUGCACAUCGACCCAGCGCUUCCGUUUCACAUGUCCACUUCCGGAGACCUCACACUAAAGAAUCGCCUAAACAGGGAAGCAACGGCAACGUACAGCUUUCUGGUGACGGCGUAUGACCACGGCAUCCCAGCCAGAAACACGUCAGCCAACGUAGUGAUCCACGUCACCGACGUCAACGAUAACCCUCCACGUUUCGUAUUUCCCGACUCUGAAAACUAUACCAUAGAGGUCGACAGCGAAUCUGCACCAAGAUCGGUUAUCGCCAAGAUCAAGGCCUUCGAUCUAGAUCAAGGGGUGAAUAGCGAAUUAUUCUACUCCAUUGAGAACCACAACGUGACGGAGCUGUUUGCCAUCGACGCCGAGACCGGGGAUUUGAUCCUCACACGGGUGCUGCACGCAACUGAUCGCCAGAUAUACAACAUUUUGCUGCGGGUCGAGGACAAGGGAAACCCUAGCUUGUAUGCCACCACUUCCAUGAACGUUUUCAUCGUCAGAAAGGUUCGACCUUCUCCGGUAACCGACACAAAAGGUGAAAACUUACUGAUUGCCAUCACUUUGGGAAGUGUGACCUUCGUCCUUGUUUUCACUAUCGUACUUGUCCUGUGUAUACUCAAGAGGCGCUGGAAUAACAAACGAAACGAGUCCGGCUCUGAGGAUGAAUUUUGCGGCUCGGCCAAACCCGGGAGAAGAGUCAAGUUUGCCGACACUGUGGACGAUAAAUCUCCGAGUCCCGUACGUGACCACGGGCAUCCUCCGCUGAACUCCAUGACGACAUUCAGCUGUGACGGAAACGAAAGUCGCGACUCGGAUAUGACGUCAUCAACGGUUGACCUAGAAACACCGAUCCUUGAGAAGCAAAUGAAUAUUUCGAAAGACAGUGCUUCUCCGUCUAGAAGAUGUGACGUUUUACCUGGUAUCUCGGAAAGGCGGGAAAUACAUCAUUCCACGCCUCGUUCCGGUGACAACCAGUCUCGCUUUGAAAAUCAGCCUCGAUCUGACUACCAGCUACAGACUCUCCAAUCCCAUAAUUCCCUACUCAACUCCACAGUCAAGCCUGGAAGCAGUGUAUUCGCGCAUGACGACAACCAGUCCCAGACUUCCGGUGAGACGGCCACCAGCGACAGUGGACGCGGUGGCAGCGAGUCAGACAUCCACAGUGCCAGUCUCUCACAGUCACAUGACUCGGACGUGAAACCCACGGCAGAAAUGCGGUACCUAGACGGCCCAAAGCACAGUACCUUCAUAGACCCGCCCAAACCUUGGUUGAACCUGGCAGAUCUCCAAUACCACAACUGCAACAAACUUCCAGUUGUCCAACAGCUCCACGAUGACCGGAAACACCGCCUCCAGCUCCGUAACCUUGGCGAUAGGAGAAGCAGCCGACCCGCAUACACACCUUCAGAACAUUUAAAGACCGCUCCAAGAACACAGAGCGAUCGGAAUUUCGACAGGAAUCGACUUCCGGGAAUCGCGAAACAGGUGCACCUGUUUCCACCUCCUCCUAGUGACAUUGACCGGAGUUUUAUGACGUAUGAAGAGGAGGAAGAUGAUCUCUCAACUACCACUUCCGGUAGCUACACGAUUGACCACGACGAUAUUAGUCUCGAUUUUAGAUCGCCAAUUUCAAAGAACGGUUCGGGUCUUCGAGGAUGUCUUGUAUGAUGACGUUAUUAAAUUAUAGUGACGUCAUAUGGCGGGGCUGAGUCGCUGGCGCUGCAGGUUGAAUUCAAAAGGAUCUCCCUCAAAGAGAAUGAUCUAACUUAUUAAGAAAUCAGACGUUACGAGAGGGCAAGUGGCGAUAACUCGUGUCUGGUAGAGGGAGGGAUUCAACCUUGUCGGCUGGCCGGCGCUGGGUGGCUCAUGUGCAAUAUAGACUGUAUCUCUCGUGGUGCUCGGAUUGUCAUUAUGAUGGACAAUGUUACUAUUGGUGUAAAACAAUAACAAGACAGCUAUAGUGUGUUUAUUUAUUUUUGAUAUGUACACCAAAACCUUCCCCUAGCAGAAGGAUUGAGACGUGGGUAUAUUCUUUGAGUACGUUAAUUUUCUAUAUAGUAUAGUUUUCGAGAGAGUGAUAACAUAUAGUACUAGUUUACAUUUUCUAUUUUAUUUUCAGGGUAUCUCAUUUCUUUAAUUGUAUAUUAUUUAAGAUGUGUUCAUAUUGUACAUUGUACUUGCAUGAUAAUGCUAACAUUUAUUGUUAUUUUGUAUUUAUUUUUCUACGCAAUGUAUUGUUACCGUUGUUAAAGAUUGAAGGAUGAUAAAACAGUGAA